AUGGACCAGCCGCAUUUCCAUAAAGCCCCCAGAAUCAUCUACAAGACCAGGGGCUGCACUCUGGAAUUUCAAUACAGAAAGUUAAGCUGGCAAAGCAACGCCUGUGCCAACGUGGUACAUUCCCCCCAUGGCGUAUUCAUUCUGUCACACCCGCAAGCGUUGCCAUGUUCUCGAGAAACUACCCCACCCUAUUCGAUGAGCCGCAGUAUAUCGGUCAGAGUUAUCCAGGGUCACCACUGCACGACUGCACGCUUCACAAGUAUAAAUCGCUAAACGCGCUAUCUCGCAGGAGCGACCACGUUGCGCUGCGGCUGAGCCACAUUUGUGAAAUGCCACCCAAUAACAUGACGAAGCUAUAAACUUAAGCGUUGCAUGAAAUGAACGAACGAUAUCAGCGAGCAAUAGAGGACAAGCGCAUGCGCGCUCUGCGUGAACCUCGACAACAGGCGAGUCCGUGGCGCUAGGUGGCGUCAUGGGAGGAAACUCAACUUAAUUGCUCUCUGCAGAGAAUACAUUCAAGACCACCCACACGUUCCUCACGUUCUACAGCGCUUCCAAGAAAAGCAGCAGCAGUCAGUGUAGCUUGGUAUCGAAUAAGGAAAGACAUCGGAAGGCCUUUGCAAAUACCCAGCGUCGAGACUACGUCACCGGAUGGUCUAGUUGUUGCCGUUUUGAAAGGGUCAGCUGCUUCGCAGCAACGAAAGGUUUCUUCGGCCUGACUUGAGCGUCAGAGUCAUGGAAGACGCGUCGCGUGGCCAUGCCGAGUCCGACUCCGAAGUGCUGCUCUACGUCUACGAUCUCUCCAACGGACUGGCCAAGACCCUAUCCCCCGCCCUCCUCGGCAAAGAACUGCCCGGCAUGUGGCACACCAGUAUCGUCCUCCGCGGUACGGAGUACUUCUUCGGUUCGGCGGGCGUCGACAGCUGCCCGGCGGGAAGGACCGACCUCGGGAAACCGGACCGAGUCGUGAGCCUCGGUCGCACCGAGCUGCCUAACGACGUCUGCGUGGAGUACAUCCGGGACCUGGGCAGGUACAACUACAAGAGCAGCUCGUACCACCUGUUCCGCCACAACUGCAACAACUUCUCGCAAGACGUCGCCAUGUUCCUCACCGGCAAGUCCAUUCCGCGGGAGAUCCUGGAACUGCCGGACGAAUUUCUGCGCACGCCGAUGGGCAACACGCUGGUGCCUUUAUUCGAGCAUCUCGCGAUCAAUGUGGAUAAGGCGCCGGGACAGGGCUCUCCAGGCGGGGUGCAGCAGAGCUCGAAGGGUUCGCGCUCCCCAGAACGCUCGGGUCGUUCGAAACGCAGCUCGCCUCGUGGUAAGACGUCCGGUGAGAAGUCUCCCGACGGCGGAAGUGACGAAGAUGGCGAAGACAAGAGCGGCGACGAUCAGCCCGUCUUCUAUCCCCGGGUCGACGGGAUUGCCUCUUUCAAGGAACUCGAAAAGCACCUCAAGAAAACCACCAUCACCGACCGCGAGAGGUCUCAGCUAGACCGCCUCCGCGAAUACCUCGUGAACGGCCACGGAGCUUGGGCUCUCGGCCAGGAGCUGCUAGACGUCUUCGAAAAGCUGUUGAUUUCGCAAGACGGUAACUGCGGCGCGCGGCUGUCGCUACUGCGCGUGCUCCAGGCGGUAGCGCUGUUCAAGGACGUCGUCUUGUUCUUGCACCAGGACCGCAAGAAGCACGUCAUCAUGAGCUACGUCAACCGGAUCGCGACGCUCUCUCCGCAGGAGCAGGACGAAGUCCUCAAGCUUCUCUGCAACCUGUGCAGCCACGUGGCCAGCUGCGAGUGGCUGCUGUACAUCUCGGAGUGGCGAGAGGACGGCGGUACUCGGCAGGUGUGCAGCAACGCUAAGGCCACCGUUCGAGCUGCGGUAUGCGGGCUCCUCUGCGGCCGCCGUCUCGCGCAGGAGUUCGGCGCUGCGCUCGUCUUCAACCUCACGACGAGAGAGAUGUUCGACGACUUGGCCGAGCAGCUGACCGAGGCUAUCGCGCAGUUCUUGAAGGGUGACCUCAGCGAGGAACAGGUUUACCGCGCCCUGGCGGCCCUGCAUCGCCUUCUGAGGCUCAGCUACAACGAGGUGUCCGCGAAGGUGCAGAGCAUCUCGCCGUACCUGCAGAAGCUGGCCGGUUCCUCGGAGCGUGUCAAGAACCUGGUCACUCAGAUAAGCAGCAAGGUCUCGCCGCCAGCAUCUGUGCCGAAAAAGUGAUGGGACGGUUCUGUGCA